CCAGAGGGAUCUAGGCCUACCCUCUCCCUGGUGACCUUCCCCGAGGUGUGGGAGGAAGAGUGGGAGACUUGGCUGUCCGGAUCCACCCUGCCCCUCUCCUGCCUGGUGAUUAUCUUCCCCCGGGUGUGGGGGGUGCCCAAGGCCUGGCUUCAGGCCCUGGGAGAGGAGGGGGAGGGCCGGAAAGGAGCUGUGUGGGACAGCUGCAGGAAGAGACCAGGCUGGCUCACAUUUGGGAAUCAGGAUGCCUGGACCUGUCCCUGCCCUCCUCUGCCUCCUGGCUGGCUUUCUCCAGAAGGAAUCGAUUCUGAAUUAGGAUGUUUCCACCUCACUUCUCCCCUUUGCUGCUGCUGAUUGAGACUCUGCGAGAAAGAGCAAAGAAAGAGGUGCCCCAGGGCAUGGUGCCACGUGGGUGCACAGAAGGGGACACACACCCACAGCUGCGGUCCAUCCGUUCCACAGCAACAUACAUCCACGCGAUGUAACCGGGACCCUCCUUUCCCUCCGCUGACUGGACAAACACUCUAUCCAUCUGCCACGUGUUGAUAGGACAUCGGGAUGAGGCCCUCAAUCCUGUUUGCUGUCUUCCUCUGGCUCCGGGGUUUCUUGGUCCAGGGACAUGAGUGUCACACUCUGGCAAGGAGCCCAGACGGAGAGAGUGGAGGACCACCUCUGAACGUGAACGUCAGCAGCCAGGGGCGGCCUACUAGCCUCUUCCUGAGCUGGGGAGCCCCAGGGCCAGACAAGUUCAGCCAUGCCCUCCGCCUCACCCACCUGAGUCCCCUGGGCUCUCCAGAAGGGCCGCAGCUCCAGGCCCACACCAACGCAUCCAGCUUUGAGUUCCGGGACCUGGUGCCAGGAAGUCGCUACCUGCUGGAAGUGACUGCCCUGGGACCCUGUGGGCAGAAUACCACCAUCAUCCUCACUGCCCGCACUGCCCCAUCACCUGUCUGCAACCUGCAACUCCGUAGUCCUGGGAGCCCGUCCAGCCUCGAGGCCUCGUGGGGCGCUGCCCCCGGGGGGCAGGAUGGCUACCGACUUCUCCUCUACCACCUAGAAUCCCAGACACUGGCGCGUAACAUCUCCCUGCCGCCGGGCAGCCUGGCCUGCAAUUUUAGCAACCUCCUACCAGGUAGCGAGUAUGUUCUGGAGGUUACCACCUGGGCUGGCAACCUCCAGGCGAACACCAGCGCCCACCAGUGGACAGCCCCCGUGUCUCCCCACCAGCUGGUGCUGCACGCUCUGGGCACCCGUGCCCUGCGAGCCUCCUGGAACAGCUCUGAGGGGGCAGCCUGGUUCCACCUCAUGCUCACAAACCUCUUGGGCGGCACCAGCCUGACUGCGGUAGUCAGACGGGGAGCCUCCAAUCACACCUUCCUUCACCUCUCUCCGGGCACCCGCUACGAGCUGACGCUCAGUGCUGUGGCCGGGCCCCAACAGGCAGCGGGGCCCAAUGUCACCGAGUGGACCUAUCCUUCUGCACCCUUGGACCUGGUGGUCAUUCCCCUGCCCUCGGAGCUCUGGGCAAGCUGGAAGGCAGGGUCUGGUGCCCGGGAUGGCUACCUGCUCAGGCUAAGUGGGCAGGUGGAGAAGACCAUCACACUGGGUCCCGGAGCCCUCAACGCCACAUUCCCAGGGCCCCUGCCCGCUGGACCCUACACUCUGGAGCUGAGGGUCCUGGCCGGGCCCUAUGAUGCCUGGGCCCGGGCCAGUGCCUGGCUGAAUGAUUCUGCUGCCCAGCCCAGACAAAGCAACGGGACCACGCUGCAGCUGGAUGGGUUGGGGGCCACCAGGGAGCCCAGGAGGCAGGCACUGCUCUACACUGAGGGAACCCCAAGCCUCCUCGGAAACAUCUCCGUGCCACCUGCUUCCACGCAGGUCGCUUUGCGUGAGCUGGGGCCUGGGGCCAACUACCAGGUGGACAUUGUCUCAUCUCUGGGAAACACUACCCAGAGCCCCACAGGCCAUACAAAGCUCCUGGCACCACAGUCACUGGAUGUCACCGGCAGGGGCAGCCCCUCUGACCUGACCGUUGGUUGGGCCCCAGCACCAGGGUGGCAAGAAGGCUACAGGGUCACCUGGCAUCCGGAGGGCAGCCAGAGGUCACCAGACAGUCUUAUUGACUUGGGACCAGACAAUUCCAGCCUGACUCUGAGGGGUCUAGUGCCCGGCUCCUGCUACACUGUGUCAGUGUGGACCUGGGCAGGGAACCUCAGCUCCCCCAUCCAAAGGACCCGUGCCUGCACCCUCCCUGCUCCUCCUGCCAACUUGAGCCUGGGCCUUGCCACCCAGCCUCCUGCCCUGACCGCCUCCUGGAGUCCCCCGCCUGGGGGCAGGGAUGGCUUCCAGCUGCGGCUUUACCGCCUGAGGCCCCUGACUCUGGAAAGCAAGGAGGCUCUGACUCCUGAGACUCAGCACUUCUCCUGGACCCCGCUGCCCCCAGGCACCGCGUUCCUGGUUCAGCUGGCCACCUCGAGGGGCCCAGAUGAGAGCAGCAGCACCAAUGCCACCGGCUGGAUGCCCCCCCUCGCCCCUCCUCUGGUGAACGUGACCACUGAAGGUCCCACCCAGCUCCGGGCAUCCUGGGUGCAUGCUCCCGGGGCGCGAGAUGGCUAUCAGGUGACUCUGUACCAGGCGGGUGCCCAGGCAAGCGCCAGCACCGUGGGAGCCGAGGUGGACAGCACAAGCUUCUCAGCUCUGACCCCAGGCACUCAGUACGAGGUGGAGAUCAUGUCGCAGGCUGGGCCUCUCGGCACCGCAGCGGCCAAUGUCUCUGGUUGGACCUCCCCGCUCGUGCCCAAUGAGCUGUUGGUGUCGAUGCAGGUGGGCAGUGCCGUAAUCAACCUGGCCUGGGCCGGUGGCCCCCUGGGGCAGGGGGUGUGCCAUGCCCAACUCUCAGAGGCCGGCCACCUCUCCUGGGAGCAGCCCCUGGCGCUCGGCCAAGCCCUCCUCGUUCUAAGGGACCUCACACCUGGGCGCCAUCUGUCCCUGUCAGUGCUGUGCCAGGCGGGGCCACUCCAGGCGUCCACUCACCCCGUCGUGCUGCCUGUUGAGCCUGGCCCCGUGGAGGAUGUGCAGUGCCAGCCCGAGGCCACUCGCCUGGCCCUGCACUGGAUGAUGCCCUCGGGGGAUGUGGACACCUGUCUGGUGGUGGCAGAACAUCUGGCUGCGGGAGGGCACGCUCACAUCAUCUUCCAGGCUAACACCUCCGGGGAUGCCCUCCUGUUGCCCGGCCUGCUGCCCGCUGCUUCCUAUCGCAUCAGUCUCACCGUGCUGGGCCGGAACGGUCUGUGGAGUCGUGUGGUCACCCUGCUGUGCGUCACUUCUGCAGAGGGCUGGCGCCCCCCGGACUUAGCUGCAGCCCCCCAGCUGGAGCCUGAGGCGGGGAUGGGAGUGAUGAUCACACGGGGUAUGUUUGGCCAGGACGAUGGGCAGAUCCAGUGGUAUGGCAUCAUUGCCACCACCAACAUGUCACUGGUGCGGCCUCCCCAGGAAGCCAUCAACCACACGUGGUAUGACCACUACUAUGGAGGACAGGACUCCUACCUGGCCAUCCUGCUCCCCAACCCCUUCUACCCAGGGCCCUGGGCUGUGCCGAGAUCCUGGAUGGUGCCUAUGGGUACAGAGGACUGUGGCCAGACCCAGGAGAUCUGUAACGGGCAACUCAAGCCAGGUUCCCAGUAUCGGUUCAGUGUCGUGGCCUUUACCAGAUACAGCUCUCCUGAGACCAUUAUCUCCUUCUCAGCCUUCUCAGAGCCCAGGGCCAGUGUCUCCAGGGUAGCCACGUCCCUCCCAGCGGCAGUGGGCAUCAUGAUGGGCUGUGUCCUCACAAUCUGUGCCCUGCUGGGCCUGCUGUACUGGAGGAGGGUGAAGGGACAGAGGGCAGAGAAGAGUCGGUUUUCCCAAGAACUGACAGCUUACAACCUGCGGCGGACCCAUCGACCAAUCCCUAUCCAAAGCUUCCGGCAGAGUUUUGAGGCCAAGAGUGCGCACGCUCACCAGGCUUUCUUUCAGGAGUUCGAGGAGCUGAAGGAGGUGGGCAAGGAGCAGCCCAGGCUGGAGGCGGAGCACCCCGCCAAUGCCACCAAGAACCGUUACCCGCACGUGCUACCCUAUGAUCACUCCCGGGUCAGGCUGACCCAGCUGGAGGGAGAGCCCCACUCCGACUACAUCAAUGCCAACUUCAUCCCGGGCUACAGCCACCCGCAGGAAUUUAUUGCCACCCAGGGCCCUCUCAAGAAAACUCUGGAGGACUUCUGGCGGCUUGUGUGGGAGCAGCAGGUCCGCAUCAUUGUCAUGCUGACCGUGGGCAUGGAGAAUGGGAGGGUGCUGUGUGAGCAUUACUGGCCAGCAGACCCUACCCCUGUCACCCAUGGUCACAUCACCGUCCACCUGCUGGCUGAGGAGCCCGAGGAAGAGUGGACCAAGCGAGAAUUGCAGCUGCAGCAUAUUACCCAGCAGCAGCAGCGGAGGGUGAAGCAGCUGCAAUUCACCACCUGGCCUGACCACAGCGUCCCUGAGGCCCCCGACUCCCUGCUCUCCUUCGUGGAACUGGUACGGGAGCAGGCCCGGGCCACCCAGGGCACCGGCCCCAUCCUGGUGCACUGCAGUGCGGGCGUGGGCCGCACGGGCACCUUCGUGGCCCUGUCAAGGCUGCUGCAGCAGCUGGAGGAGGAGCAGGCGGUAGACGUGUUCAACGCUGUGUAUGCGCUGCGGCUGUACCGGCCCCUCAUGAUCCAGACCCCGACCCAAUACAUCUUCCUGCACAAUUGCCUCCUGAACAAGAUUCUGGGAGCGCCCUCUGACACCCCUGAAGCUGAGAAGACCAGACGCGGGAGCUGGGGGACCCCGAGUGCCUCCUCCCCUCUCCGCCCCUCCCCCAGGUCCCAGCCCAUCUCGGUGAUGAACUUCGCAGAGGCCUGCGCCAAGAGGGCGGCCAAUGCCAACGCCGGCUUCUUGAAAGAGUACAAGCUCCUGCUCCAGGCCAUCGAGGACGAGGCUGACUCUUCCGCGCCCCCUCCUGGCCAUGAGCAGGACAGCACGGCCGCCUAUGAUUCUUCUCAAGUGCGGUUUUCUCCGGUGGAGGAAAGUCCCCCUAACGAGAUGCUCGAAGCCUGGCUCUUCCCUGGUGGGCCUUCUGGCCAUGACCACGUUGUGCUGACUGGCCCUGCAGGACCCGAGGAGUUCUGGGAGCUGGUGUGGGAGCAUAGGGCCCAUGUGCUGGUCUCCCUGUGCCCACCUGACACCUGGGAGAAGGCGUUCUGGCCGACGGAGAAGCAGCCUGUUGUCACAGACAUGGUGACAGUGCACUGGGUGGCUGAGAGCAGCACAGCGGGCUGGCCCUGUACCCUCCUGAGGGUCACACAUGGGGAGAGCAGGAAGGAGAGGCAGGUGCAGAGGCUGCUGUUUCCGUGCUGGGAGCCAGGGCGUGAGCUCCCUGCCACCACCCUGUUACCCUUCUUGGCCGCCGUGGGCCGGUGCUGCUCUCGGGACACGAUGAAGCCAGGCACACUGCUGAGCCACUCCAGCAAGGGUGUGGCUCAGCUGGGCACCUUCCUGGCCAUGGACCAGCUGCUGCAGCAGGUGGGGGCUGAGUGCACUGUGGACAUCUUUAACGUGGCCUUGCAGCAGUCGCAGGCCUGUGGCCUCAUGACGCCAACGCUGGAACAAUACAUAUACCUCUACGACUGUCUGAACAGAGUGCUCACGGACGGGCUGCCUUGAGUCAGCACUGGUGGCUGUGCUGUGCGGGAGCAGAAGAGGUCUGUGCCCCGUUGGUCAGUGCCAAUCAGCCUCAGCAAGCCCGCUGGGGCCUGGUUUCACUGGGAGGGCCUCCUGCACGCUGGGCCCUGUGCCGUGAAGGGGGAGAGGUGAGCAAUAAAGAAUGUGCUCAACCUGA